GUGUGGCUGAUGAUCAACUCAGUCUGUGAAUUCUGAUCCGACCAUACAGAGCUGUCACCACUUCAACCAGCUAAGAAAACUCAAAGAGCUGAAGAUAUGACACUCCUUUUACUUCUGAUCAUGAUCUAUGGCGUGGAUGCUGAGUCUGAAUUUACUUAUGAAAACGGAAAUAUGACACUGGAAAAUGGCACACGGACAUUGGAGAUGAGAAUCUCAUUGGCAUCUGGACACAACAUUACUGUUCGUGACAGUGCAAAAGAAACACGUUGUAACUCUGUAAUCAAUUCAUGUUAUAUUGAGUGCUCCUUUUACGAUUUCUUUGAAGACCAAAACUUUACCGAAACGAAAAAAUAUGACAUAUGUGCAAAGAAAAAUAAUAAUAGCACUAGAGUUGAAAUCAGCAUAAAAAAUAGUACAUCACAGUGUAACAAAUACGCUGUUUCACUGUGUACUGUGGUGGAUUGCUUGCCUGACGAAAUAGGAGAGCUCUUGGGCGAGAAAGAUAAACAAAUGAAAAUCCCAAAAGACCUGAGAAACCUUCUCAGUGUGAAAAAAAUGUGCCGAGAUGUGAUCUUUAAUGAAACUAUGGUGAAUACCUACAAUAGACUGGAGAAAAAAGCCAUACAUGGUGUUAUAAAUAUGACUGUUCCUGAGCAAUCCAAGACGUACAGUCAUGAGGAUCUUUCCAUGACUGUGGUUAAGAUGAAUUUGAGCAUGAAGGAAGAGUAUUUACAAAUCCCUGCUCCACGUGUAUUAGAUAAUAAUGAAGUGGCUGAGAUUUGGAUCCCGGUGAAGCCUUUCCAAAACCAAUUGGAAAACAAAAUUGGUGUAGUGACCUACGAUGCUGAUGAGCACCUUAAGCUUAACCUGAAAAAAACAGAUUUUAUCUCGAAAAUCAUACGGGUUGAAUUCCCUGGACCUGACACUAACAAAUUGACUGAUCAACUUAAAAUUCAGUUUAGAAUGAAUACCAAAGACCUACCUAAAGACAACCUGAGCUGUCGGUUCUAUGAUGAAAAAGGAGGCAAAACCUGGGAAAAUCAUGGUUGUUAUACCAAUACUACUAGAGAUGAUGUUGUGGAGUGCUCCUGUGACCAUAUGACCCCUUUUGCUGUGCUUCUAACUAACUUGAAGAUACCCGAAGAGCAGUGGAAAAUCCUGUCGUACAUCAGCUACGUAGGCUGCGGUCUGUCUGCGUUCUUUUCAGCUUGCACUGUCUUGUCAUUCAUGUUCAACAGUACCGCAAGGGCAGAAGUGUCGAGCAGCAUCCAUGUGUCUCUGAGUGGCGCUCUGUUUCUCCUCAACAUCAGCUUCAUGCUAAGCGAAUGGACUGCCACACUGGGAAUUAACGAACUCUGUGUGUUUAUCGGUGUGAUGAUACACUACAGCCUGCUGUCUAGUUUCACAUGGAUGGCUAUUGAGGCCUUGCACCUCUACCUUCUUCUCAUCAGAGUGUUCAACAUUUACAUCAGACACUACAUGGUUAAGUUGUCCCUGGUCGGAUGGGGAGUCCCUGCUAUUGUUGUUGGAGCCUUGUUGUCGGCUUAUAACACUAUGCCUUUUUAUGGCAAAAAUGACAUGACAUUAUCAGAUGAUAAUAAAACAAACGCAAUUUGCUGGAUCAAAGAACCUGGCAUCUUGUAUGGCGUGAACCUUUCCUACUUCACCAUCAUAUUCCUGUUCAAUUUAGGAAUCCUAAUCACAGUGUGCAGACAGAUCUUUAAGCUGCGACGUGUGGGAGGCACGCAUGCCAAGAUGCCAGUCUGGAAGGACGCGGGCACAGUGUUGGGCCUCAUGUCUCUGAUGGGAACAACAUGGGGAUUGGCCUUCUUCAGCAUUGGAUUUACCAACUACGUUAUACUCUACCUGUUCUGCAUCUUUAACUCAAUGCAAGGGUUUUACAUCUUUUUGUGGAUGUGUGGAACAAUGAGGAAAAACAGAGCGCAAACAUCUCAAUCCAAGACUAAAUCCACUGCGGACAUCUCUAAAUGAGGAGUUUCUUACAAAAACCUUUGACAUGCUUUAACAACAAGACAUGUUCCAGCCAAUGACCCACAGAUGUGCACUCUGGCUUAUUUAACAUCGACACUCACCACCACGGUUUUUUUUUUUUUUAAGAGUUAUACUGCCUUUGCUCUAAUUUCAGUUCAUCGCAUUAAAGAAAUGCAGUUCCCUCUUUAUAGUUACACAUCCUAAAAGCUUGAUCUAAUCCAUCAUAUCUCAUCGUACUUAAUCAUAUCUAAUAAAUGCAGUAAAAGCUG